GCGGAUAUGAUAUUACAAUCUAAAUAUUGAAUAAUGAGGAGAACGACAAUCGUAUAUUGGCGUGCACAAGCCAAAGCUUCCUAUGGACCAAAUUCCAUUCCUCGCAUUUCAUUGCCGCCCGUGAAGAAGCCAAUGGUGUUCGAAAACAUUGCGGCUCUGUCCCGAUUAAGGAUAAGAUACGUUAACAUGGCGCUUCGGGAGCGGACAGGAGAUUGCGGGAAAUUUAAUGGCACUGGCGGCGUAUUAAAUUUGGUUUGGCUUUGGACGAAUAGUGAAUGUACAAUGGUCUUUACGAGAGGUAACGGCGUUCGGCAUUUCGAGCGAUACGAGCAUGUCGGUCAACUCCCAGCGCUCAUCGGCGGCGCAUUUUGUUUUCCGAGACUGACCAAGGCGACUCGAUGGACAUACGCAUCGGCGACUGGCAUGCGACACGAUCCGAACCAUGCUUCAGCUGAUACGCCCACUUGCGCGCGAUUUGCUCCUACGCGUAUUUGA